AUGAGGAGGCUGCAGGAUGAUGAUCUGUUGUCCAGGGAUCCCUUGGAGCAGAAAGGCUUUUGCCAAGUGGGUGACUGACUGCAGGGGCGAGGACAGAGCUACCUGGACACAAGAUUUGUUGUGCCAGAGGACCAAGUUGCUUUAAUCCACUUUAAUUGCGCAAAUCUUAAUUUCUGGUAUGCCAUUGAAUCUCUCCUGCAAAACAUGGACAGUCUGGAGUUGUCUCCUCGCAGGAGCUGUCAACCUGCAUUGCUUGGAGAACUCUUUAUCUCACUCGGCCAGGGCGUCUCUGCCCACCAAGAACUCAGCACCUGCUUCUAGGAGAGCUGUGCCCCACUCAGGGAGAGCCUAGCAUGGCAGCCUCCAACAGCCCACAGUUCAAGCUGAUUCUUCUGGGGGACUUUGGCGUUGGGAAGACCACACUCUUCCACCGCGUCAGGACAGGAUGUUUCCUGGAGGUGGCACAUGCCCUGGGCCAGCACUUUUGCAUGUGUGAAAAAACCCUGCCAAUUAAACUCAAUCGUAGCCACUUCCAGGUGCAGGUCUCCCUGUGGGACACAGCUGGUGAAGAGCGCUUCCUAUCUCUGAGCAACUGCUACUACCACAGUGCGGAUGCCGUGCUCCUGGUGUACAGCCUCCAGCACCUCCUCUCCUUUGACAACCUCUCGCACUGGCGCUACAUGGCCCGGCAGUAUUGCACGGAUGCUGACAUCUUCCUCCUGGGUAACAAGAGCGACCUGGAGAGUCACGUCCCGGAAGAGAAGGCUGAGAGGUUUGCUGCGGAGCAUGGAAUAUCCGGGAGGUUCAAAGUGUCUGCCAAGACAGGUGAGAACGUGGACUGGAGCCUGCAAGAGAUAUUACAGCACCUCCUUGUCAAGAAGGAAUUCCAGCGCAGUGGCCUCCACACCCCACUGCAAGAAGUUGGCUACUACAGCCACUGUGGGUGCUGAGGGGUGGGAUAAUUCUCCCGGCCAAAAUCCCAAUCCUUUUGCAAUGUGGUUUAACAGACUGCCCAAGAGCCUCUUAAACUGUGCCAUGGAUCCCAGGCAGCCUUUCUCCGUGCACUUGCUGCACGUCAGAUCUGGUUAUUUGCCACUGGAUAUUUGGAGAUGAGCGGGCUAUUUAUGGAGGAAGUCCGACUCAGAGGGGCUCAGCAGUUUCCAGUGCCCCAGUGGUGCUGGUGCCCUUGGUUGGUACUGGCCAGACUCUCUUGCUUCACUUCCAAAGAGAUGCUUCUGUUUGUUGGAAUGUAUGAGGUUCAACUCCAGCUUGUGGGUUGAGGCUGCGUGGGAUUAAAAAGGGUAGCUAGAGAGGAGACCUCUUGGUUGCCAGGCUACACCUGUCCUUUGAUCUCCUGCUGUCUCUUCGUGCUAGACUGAUAUGCAGAGGAUGUUGAUCCCAGUUCCUUCCCUCCUUCCCAGUCUUCUUCUUUCUCUCGAGAGGGGAGCAGACAUCUUUCCUUUAUCUCUCCCUCUCCUCCAGCAUGAGGGCGAGCACUGGGCUCAGUGCUCGUUGCUUCAACAUAACUAGUUAGCUAGAUAUAGGACUCUUUCCUAUCA